CGCGCACAGCGAACAUGACGUCACGCGCCACGCACAGCCUCGUUUGGCAAGACGGAGGGCUUGAAGAGGGAAAUAGAAGCAGAAACCUAGAAAAGAAAAUCCAGGCUUCUCCGUCCAAACAGAAGAGCUCGUUAGAAUGGCCGAAGAAAAUAUCUUCCUGUUCGUCCCGAAUUUGAUUGGAUAUGCCCGUAUUGUACUGGCUCUGGUAUCCUUCUACCUGAUGCCCUGUUGUCCGGGCCCGGCAGUGUUUUGUUACCUACUGAGUGCCCUGUUGGAUGCCUUCGAUGGACACGCAGCCCGCGCUCUUAAUCAAGGUACAAAGUUUGGUGCCAUGCUGGACAUGUUGACAGACCGCUGUGCGACCAUGUGUCUGCUGGUGAACCUGGCACUGCUGUACCCAUCCUACACUUUCUUGUUUCAGCUCAGCAUGUGUCUGGAUGUGGCCAGCCACUGGCUGCACCUGCACAGUUCCAUGAUGAAGGGAGCCACCAGUCACAAGACCAUUGACCUUUCUGGCAACCCCAUCUUAAGGCUGUACUACACAUCCAGGCCGGUGUUGUUUUUCAUGUGUAUGGGGAACGAGCUGUUCUUCUGUCUGCUGUAUAUAAUGUACUACAUUGAGGAACCCCAGAUGUGGCUGCAGUGUCUGCUGGGAGUUUGCGGCGUGGUCUGUGUGCUGAAGUCUGGCAUUAGUCUCCUCCACCUCAUCACCGCGUCCCGUAACAUGGCAGCUAUCGAUGUGGCUGACCGUGAGAGAGAGCGGAGCAAAGCACAAUGAGAUGUGAGAGUAUGCAGAAACCAAGAAAAAUGAAACAAAGGCCGUGAAAUAAGAACGCUGGCCAGUAUAGACGAAGAUGAGAGCAUGGAAAUCAAUUAUGGGACCUUGCAAAGCCUCACUGAGCACUUAUAUUUAUUUGAAUACAGAUUAUCAAUGCUAUAACACCAGGGCAAAUUCGUUACGAGUUUUAUCCAUAUUCCUGUAGAUGUGCUUUUUAUUUCUGUUGAUGGAACUAGUUGCACUAUGAGUGUACCAUGUUUAUGUCAUCUUUGGAGUGUCAUAAUCAUUUUGAUUUUUGACGGUUAAUUUAUUUGUUAAUGGAAUAAUCAUGUAUCAUUUUAAUGGGAUUUAGAAUAGCUCUGCGGUUUAAAACCAACAUUUCCACACAUGCGCAUUCCACGCUUCCACUGAAAGCCACUCUAGUAUUACAGUAUUUGGCCGUUGUUUUAUCAUUACUUGUGAUAUUGAAUUGUUUGAACUCUUUGUAUUAGCCUGUCUAUUACUGUUUUGUUGCAGGUAUAUCAAAGAACUUUGAAUAUUCAUAUGAAGAGUUGUGAAGCUAUAAUUAUAUUAAACAAGUGGCUCUGGCAUCAUUUUCGUCCAUAUCCUUCUGAAUGUAUUCUUGGUUUAUGGUAGAGAGGUAGACAUACUGUUUGCUGUCUGAAGUUUUACAGCCGUUGUUAUAAAUAAUCAGAAAUAUAUGAGAGUUAUAUGAUUGUGGAGUAAAGUCCUUUUGUACUGCAACCUGAUGAUUUGACAAUAAAGAUAUCCUGACACAAA